CGGCGCUGAAAAAAAUAAUUAAGGGCAGUUAUCCAUAUACCAAAUUAUUAUAACAAAGCGCCUUUCAUUUAAUCAGGACGUCAGGGUAGGCUACAGCCAGUAAAUCCACUUAUGUUAUAGGCCUUAAUAAACGCACAACGAGGACGCAUUUGAGCUAAAUUAUUAAAUGUAGACACCCUACCAAAAAAAAGCCCAGAAAAAAUCUUGUCAAUUUGAAAGCAGGCCAGUUUAUUACAUACCAGACAUCACGGAAUGAAGUCACUGCAAAUAAUAAUAACGCUGAUCAUGCGCUGUAAUCGGAUUAUUCAAAUAAUACAAAUACUAGCCUAAAAGACAUUAAUGAUAGGCUACAUUUCACAACUCCAAUCUAUAAUAGCCUACUGUCAUUUUAAGCGUGUCACCUCUGCUAAUCUAUAACCUCAUUGACGCUGAAACAAUCUUAAAACUACCGAUUACCUCCAGAUAAAAUAUCAACAGGAAUACGUGUUAUAACACAGCGGGGAAUAAUCCGAAAACGUGCCAAAACAAAAGACAGCAAGAAUUGAGACGUUGUUUUUCAUCGCGUCUCCUCUGGGUCGGCGCAUUUCUCAUCCACUCGCUAGUCUCUAGUCUCUACCGAUACACCUUUAGACUUAGCUGUGUAUGAAAACCCCAGGAUUAAUUUGUCGUCGAUCAAGUGGAAGCGAUGACGCAUCGUGCGCUGAUUGGACGGCUGCGCUUGGAUCCCUCCCUUUAUAUUUUCACGGGAGUGCGUCCGGUGCUCUGAAACACAGGCACACUGGAGGACGCUACCGUCAACACAUUCUAAAGAGGCACCGUGCACUUUUUUCAGCCUUAUCAAAAUCUGGGAGCGGUGAUUACAGAAAAACACAGACAACGGGACAAGCUGUUUUGACUACUGAGUAGAAAGGACGUGCAUCUGUCCGACUACAGACCUCGCUGCUGUGAUGGACUUUUGAUUGCAACGAGCUGAAGAAAUUACAGCGAAUUGAAGGACUUUCUUUUGGGGCACUGGUAUUCAGAAGGCUGAUGAUUUAAUACGGUGACCUCAUUGCGCAUGUGCCCCGAGCACAAAUAACAAGCGUGUUUGUUAUUUUUUACACUUAAUAUACUGUUUUUUUCCCUUAGUAGUUUUCUUUCUUUCUUAAAAUUGGCUCCCGUACAAACAGCCGCGUUGGAUCCCUCGGGUUACUGCGAGACUCCGGUAUAUAAUCCGGAUCUCUGCCCAAACAUGAUAGCAGCCCAAGCUAAACUGGUGUACCAUCUCAACAAAUACUACCAGGAGAAAUGCCAGUCGCGCAAGGCAUCAGUCUCCAAGACCAUCCGAGAGGUGUGUAAGGUAGUGUCGGAUGUCCUGAAAGAGGUGGAGGUCCAGGAGCCCAGGUUCAUCAGCUCCCUGAGCGAGAUGGAUAACCGCUUCGAGGGCCUGGAAGUGAUCUCCCCGACAGAGUUCGAAGUUGUCCUCUAUCUUAACCAAAUGGGGGUGUUCAACUUUGUCGACGACGGCUCUCUUCCGGGCUGCGCCGUGCUCAAACUGAGCGACGGCCGAAAGAGGAGCAUGUCCCUCUGGGUCGAGUUCAUCACUGCAUCCGGCUACCUCUCUGCGCGCAAGAUUCGCUCCCGCUUCCAAACACUCGUGGCCCAGGCCGUCGAUAAGUGCAGCUACAGAGAUGUGGUCAAGAUGGUCGCGGACACGAGCGAGGUGAAGUUACGCAUCAGAGACAGAUACGUGGUGCAGAUUACCCCGGCUUUCAAGUGCACGGGGAUAUGGCCACGCAGCGCGGCACACUGGCCCUUGCCACACAUACCCUGGCCCGGCCCUAACCGAGUGGCAGAGGUGAAAGCAGAGGGCUUCAACCUCCUCUCCAAGGAAUGUUACUCGUUAAACGGCAAGCAGAGCUCGGCUGAGAGCGACGCCUGGGUCUUGCAAUUUGCAGAGGCCGAAAACCGCCUCCUCUUGGGAGGCUGCCGAAAGAAAUGCCUGUCGGUCCUGAAAACACUGCGUGACCGUCACCUUGAACUCCCCGGUAUGCCUCUAAACAACUACCACAUGAAGACUUUGGUCUCGUACGAGUGCGAGAAACAUCCCCGGGAAUCGGACUGGGACGAAAACUGUCUCGGGGACAGGCUGAAUGGGAUUUUAUUGCAACUGAUUUCGUGUUUGCAGUGCAGGAGAUGCCCUCAUUACUUCCUACCUAACUUAGACCUUUUCCAAGGAAAACCGCAUUCCGCCCUGGAAAACGCGGCCAAACAGACUUGGCGACUGGCAAGAGAAAUUCUAACCAACCCUAAAAGCUUGGAGAAACUCUGAGGUAAAACAAUAACAGCAAAAAAUAUCACAAUGUUUGUACAAAUACAUGUGCACUAUGUGUGGACUUACACUAUAGUCCAGAGGCCUAGACGAAGUUUAUCAUGGACUACACAAGGAUAAGUUCAGUCUUAUCCACCGUCUUACAUGUGCAUUCAUUGGCCUAACACCAUGGGAAACAAUUAUUUUACACACGUCUUCGACAAUAAUUUUCAUGCUACAAAAUUUCUGUCAUGGCCUUAUAAUUUGUGACGCCAUGUUUUGGACGCAAAAUGCAUCAACAAUCAAAUUUGGAGCAAAUAUGUCAUUGCUAUUUCUACAGCCCAUGCCCUGAAUAACGGUUUCUGCUUCCAUGCUUUUAAAUAAAGCCAGUGUUGAGCCUUUGACAAACCCCGUAACUGUACAUUUUUAUACUGUAAAUAGGCAACAUACAUUCAUAGAUUGUGAUUCCAGUGGUCUGAAAAAAAAUUGUGAAUGUGUUUUUUUCUGUGACGCGUAAAAUAGAGUUCAGUUCCACCUGUUUAAGGAUAACGCCUGAUUUGUUCCCCCUAAUACAGAAAACAUUUAAGCAAUGCAUCCAAGCUAGUUUAUCAGUGUCAGUGGAACGUUUUUAUUUCUUAUUUUUUUAAGUUUACAUUUGAUGGUACGUAUGUGUUACAUUUUGAAACAUUCCAUAAAUAUACUUGAAGCAUUAUUUAAUCUAUACCCGAUCAUUUUGUUUAUACCUUGUCUUCAUGAUUACAAAAAAAGCUGAAAAUAAGGAAGUAUAUAUAAAAGAUACCCGAGAAAAAAAUGCACUUAAAAUACACUGGAAUAUCAUUUUUGUGAGUUGAUUUACUUUUUUUUAUUUCUGUCUCUGAAUUUAUUUAAAGAGUUAAUAAAAAACAGUCAUAAUUGUGUCCUAAGAUUGGUUCGUGAAAUUUUGUAUUUAUGUUAAAAUAACAUCUAGGAUUAGGACAAGGCCUGCGCUUAUGGGUAGUUCCUGAACUGUCAACAGUGUGUGUGUGUGUGUGUGUGUGUGUGUGUGAGAGAGGCCUAGAUGCAAAGAAAAUAAUAAUGCCGAAUUGCGCAGGUGUUUUGAAUCACACGGCCUGUCCCCGUCAGCAGCACGUUGAGGUGCCAAUAAAACCUUGAACUGUGAACCUUAAGCACGAUAUGUACACGCUAUUAAGAUAACUUAAAGCAGAGCUAUUUGUGUAAGAGACGGAUUUAUUUUACAAAAUGGAUUUUAUGGUAGGGUAUGGGCCUAUCCAGCAAUAGGCUACUGCCAGCAC